GCUUUGGCAUUGCCAAAAGCUUUGUCAGCUGCUGGUAACGUCAGGAUGAGGAGAACAAACAGCCGGGCGGAGCGAGAACGAGAGCGAAAACAGAUUCGUUGCGAGCGAGGAUUUGGAACUCGCUGGAAACGUUGUCAGCGACAGAGGGGUAGAGGAGUGAAGGAGAAAGCAGCAACAGCGGCAGCGCAGUUACAGUUAUUGGCAACAACAAAUACAUACACUAGCACACUCGCACAUCGAUAUCCGUAUCCAGAAGAGCUACUCUUUCUAGAGCCAGGAAAAGGAAAAAGUGGACAGUGUGGAGGACGACGACGUGUCCACUUGGUUGAUCUAAGAAGCGGAGCAUGGAUAUUGGAUACUGAUGUUAUUGCAGAAACACGGUAAAGUGCAGUUUCACUAAAGCACAAAAACAUACAUACACACACAGUCACACAACCACACACACCCACACACUCGGUGAGGAUUCAUGGCUCUACUCGAGAUUAGGCAACUCCAAGCAGGACACUAAAAAAAACCCGCGCCAUGGCUCUGGUGCACACAUACCUGGGCACUUGGGAGAUUGUUUGCUGCACCUUCGAGGGAAAACGGGAGCUGUCCGGUUUAGAGGGCAUUAAGUUCCGCUUGGAUGACACCAGCGAUAUAACCUGGUACAAUGACCUGGUCAGUCCACUUCCGGAAUCCAAGGACUGCGGCAGCUUCUGUGAAUCAGCCAGUGUCCUCUUCAGCUGCGAGACCUUCGAUGUCCACGAGAUCAAUCCACGCCUGGUCUUCGGAGCUUUUGCCGGUCACAGUAUUGAGUUUAGCACCAACACCUUAACGCCGACUGAUACUCUGGUGCUGAGCUGUGAGAACUGGUAUGCUGUGGAGUGCAAGCGAUUGCAGGAUAACCAGGCUGCUGGCCAAGAAAAGCAACUAAGCUUCGGCGAAGCCCUGCAGGAGUCCUACUUCAGCGAUGUGGUGGUCAAGAGUUCGGGUGGCUUGGAGUACGCCCUGCACGCCUCGAUACUGCGACUCAAUGGCUUCGAUUGCAGCAUGUGCGUGAAUAGUGCCCCAUCUUCGGCAACGGCUCGUCCAGCGCGGACCUGUCAUAGUGGUCCGAAUACCCCGAAUCCCAUCAGAAUUUCCGUGGCGCCGGCCAACGAUGAUGGGCAUGACAAGUCCCUGCCGCGCCUGAAUCUGUCACCCAUUUACCUGCAGCCACCAUGUGACUUCCAGACCAUGCCAUCGUCGGGCGGUUUGGGUGCCCAGCGAAUGCAUCAGUUUAGCAGCAGCUUCAACUGCCUGAGCAAUGGCAAUACCGGUGAUUCGGGUUCGGUUGUCAGGUCUAAGGGUCUACUUAGUCUUGAAUGUGGCAGCGGUGGCGGUGGCAUGUACCGCUUGCCGCCCACCUCGCAUUCGGAUUCGCAUCUGGAAACGACGCAAUCGCAUUGCAAGAACAUUUUCAACUUCUGUCAGGAUUUGAUGCUUCAGCCAACACCCACGCCCUUGCCACCGACCACUGGUCUGGCCAUCUGCAGUAUUCGGAGGCCACCAUUGUCGCCCUAUCGUGCUCGCAGUCCCUCGCCUUUUCCCAGCUCCAUGGACACCCCACCAUCAUCGCCUCUAACGCCCGUGGGUGUACUAUGCAAUCUGCCCACUUUCCUGCUGGGACCCAUUCUCCACUGGCUGUACACGGAGUCACUGCUUCCGGAUCUGGACGAAGAUGUGUGCGAGAAGCUAAUAAGCUUUGCCGAAUCGCAGCCAUCGCUAAUCAAACUGGUGGAGCCGACUCGCAAGUACCUGCGACUAAUACGACUCAAGAAAUUUGUGGUCAACGUUACUAUGGAUCUGCAUGGCAUUCUCAAUCGGGUUAUACAGUGCAUAAAUCCCGGCAAUAUUACCCGCGAUCCCUCGCAACUCUAUGCGACAUUUCAGGAUGCCCUACGCGAAUGUGCUAUAGGCUGCGCUAAGGUGCUACAAUUCUGUAAUAUUUUCAUUACGGACGCCACACACAUGACACGAUAUCAAAAGAACGAAAUUGUUAAGUACAUCCGAACCCGCAUCCCAAUUUUUAUGUCACAAGUUCAACAGCUGCUGCAGAACGUACUCGGAGUCUUUGUGGGUCUGAGUGUCGAUGAGAAAGCGGAGUUGGUGAAUUACCUAGUACCUGAAAUCGAAUCAACCUUAUUUGUAUUGACCGCUGUGAUAGAGGAAAUCAAAAACUCAUUGGAGAUCAUGUGUAAGGACCUUAAAUGUUCCCACUUGGAUCUCCCCCUACAACAACAGCAGGCAGACGAUGCUAUUGUCAUGCAAUUGCAGAUCGCGGAUGGUGGCGAACCAUCGCCACGUCCUCGUCGAGGUGCUCCCGUGGGUCUAACGCUCUAUGACAAUCUCACGGAUAAACAGCGCCUGAGUUCCGCCGAGAAUGACCUGAAAUUUGUUCUCUAUAUGUACGAAGUACGGAAAAUGCGCGAUAUUUACGGUCGUAUAGUGGCAGCCCUUGAAAUAAUCAAAGAUAAAAAGAGUACAUUCUGUGAAAUGGAUUUUCUGAGCAAAAGUAGUACAAUCAACCAGAACCUCGAGCAACUAAUAAUGGACAUACCCGCUUACAUUUUCAUUGUGGAAAACUUGUCGGAUCGACUGGAUGACAAAUUGGGUUGGAAGGAGUUCAAGUUCUGCUUUAAGCUGGCCACCAGUCAGAUAAACGGCGUCAUUGCCAAGUUACUGGACCACAAGGAAGCCCUGCGAGAUGCCAUCAGCCAGAUCUGUUUGCUGGUGCGAAAACAGGAGUUCACUCAGUCUGUAAUCGAACUGGGUUUAUUGGAUGAUACCAGUCGAUUGUCUAACAACUUAAAAAUGGCUGAUCAUGAGAACAACCUAAAUCAGGGGCUAAGCGAUAAGGAAUCGAUCUAUUUGGAUCGCAAACAAUAUUAUGAUUACAAUAGCAUUAAGUUAAAUCUCAUUCGACAUCUGUGUGAGCCACCCAUUGCCGCCAGUAGCAAUUUGUCGAAGAAUGCCCUGCGUCUGCUGCACUCGACCCAACUGGCCGACAUGGAAUUCGAGGUUCAUACCUAUGCAUCCACACCAAGUGCUGGCAAACCAGAGAUUGGAAGUGAAACCGAUGGAUCAGAGCCAACGGCAACGAAAGCCCUCCAAGUGCACAGCUUUAAGGCUCAUCGGGUGAUCGUUGCGGCUCGCUGUGAGUGGUUCAAGAAGGCUCUGAUGUCGGGAAUGCAGGAGUCGAUCAACCGGAAGGUUAUAAUCACAGACACAUCUCCCGUGAUCUUUCGACGCCUACUGCUCUAUCUCUACGGUGCUCCUAUCGAUCGUACUGUGGGGGCCGAACAGGUGUGCGAACUAAUGCUCUUGGCAGAUCGUUAUUCUAUAGAUGAUCUCAAGGAAUUGUGCGAAAAUACCCUAUAUUCUCUUAUUGACGAGGACUCUGUGGUGUGCCUGCUGGGCAUUGCGGAUCGCUAUAUGGCCACCGCCUUAAAGUCGAAAUGUCUCUCAUUUCUAUCGCAACAUGCGCAACUGACCAAGUGUGAAAUAUUCAAGGAAUUGCCACAGACACUUCAGCUAGAGGUUAUGGAUUUGAUACAUUGGUUUGGACGCGUCUCCGAGCCGUGGAACGAUCGCGGCUUUAAGCCGCGUAGCAGCUCACGUCACAGCCUCAAGAGUCCUUCGAAGCCACGCUCGCGAUCUCGGAAGUCCUCACCAUCCUACAUGUGACGCCGACAAAGCGCCAUUGAACACACGAAUGCCAACUUCUUGUGAUAAUUUUAGAAGACUUCGCAAAAUCCACAUGGAUAAUAUAGUCAGUAAGGAUGGGAGAUGAGAGCAUGGUAUUAUAUAGGACGAUGUGCUUAGACUUUACAGGGCGACAGAGAAGAUUGUUUAAAUCAGUUACAGGAAAAGGAUAAGAAACUCUGAUAUCUAUAUACCGGAAUAGAAGGACUCAAACCCUAAAUAUCAAGCCAAAGGAAAGGAAAAGGCAAACAUGACCUGAUUUUAAUGAGUUUUACUUAGUUCACUAGUAGAUACAUAGAUAGGAAUUUUGGCGUAUAACUUGCAUUCAUCACAUUUUCUCUCGAACUCAUUGAUUUGUGUAGGAAAACUAUAUUUUCCACAAAUAUAUAACUCAUUAGGCAAUAAUAAAAAUUGAUUAAUUUGUCCGAUUAUUAUAGCAGAAGAUCGAAAAGAUUUUAGUGUGACAAUUAGGUUAUGUAAAUACACAAAUGAGUAAUAUAUAUAUAUAUAUAUAUAUAUAUAUAUAGAAAGACUUUUCUCGAAACCACUUCUUCGUUUCAAAAUCUGUUUUCUAUAUUUUGUGGUCCACUUGUGAGGUAGGUUAGUUGUACACUUGUAUUCUGAUGUCGACGGGUAGGUAGUAAUUGUUUUGUAUUGGGCAAACGGAAUAUUAUAUUAUAUUAUACAUAUAUAUAUAUAUAUAUUGAGAAAAAUACAUAAUACAAGAACAUUUUCGGACCACCGAAGAUUAUGUGCUACACUAUUGUAAACUAACUAGUGUAUUUUGACAUAUAGACACAUAUUAAAUUUAACAUUUAGACUAUUAACCGCGUGACGAAUCCUCAUAUGAAACUAUAUAGGUUGGGAUAUAUAGUAGGGCGGAUUUUAAGUAGCGACGACGACGACGACAGGCAGCGUAUUUUUUCAUUCGAUUUGAAAACGUAUCAAAUUAACAAAAUAUAUGUACAAAUAUUAUGUGUAAAUUAUAUUAUUGUACUAAUUCAAUACAUUUCUUGUUGUCUUUUUAAAAACA